GUGGCCGUUGAUGACGCUCCAGCGGAGCAGACAACAACAAUAAGAGCCAGAGGAGCAGAGACCGUGAGAAGCUUGUGUUAUUCUGCUGAAAGAUUGACUGAGGCUCUACCAUGCCUGUGGCCUCCACCAGGACAGAGUCUGUGCCCCAGGUGCUGGACGUGAUGAGUGACAGUACAACCAGCUCGACCACGGCCAAUGACCUGGACCUCAUCUACCUCAAAGGAAUCAUGGAGAGCCCUCAGGAACACGAGGAGAGCCUGAGGGAGCCACACCUCUCGGCGGUUAGGGAGAACAACGUGGAGCUCCUGCUGGAGAUCCUCAGAGAUCUGGACCCCUUCACGCACCGUUCGGACACUGCAGCUGAGCUUUCCUGCAUACUCACAAAGCCUCAUUUCCAGUCUUUACUAGAGACUCAUGAUUCAGUGGCAUCCCAGGCAUGUGAUAGCCCACCCCCUAGCCCCUGUGAUGAAGUGGAUCAUGAAGCAGAGGAUGGACACACACACAACCAGCACCCGCCACCUGAUGCAGUCCGCAUGGUGGGCAUACGGAAAGUGACGGGGGAGCAUCUGGGGGUGACAUUCAAGGUGGAGGCUGGUGAGCUGGUGAUAGCUCGCAUCCUUCAGGGUGGUAUGAUAGACCAGCAAGGACUGCUGCAUGUUGGAGAUAUCAUCAAAGAGGUGAAUGGAAGAGAGGUGGGCAAAGACCCCAGGGUGAUCCAGGAGGAACUGCAAGCAACCAGCGGAAGUGUGGUUCUGAAGAUACUGCCCAGCUACCAUGAAGCCAUACCACCAAGACAGGUGUUCUUUAAAUGUCACUAUGACUACGACCCAGCCAAUGACAACCUAAUUCCUUGUAAGGAGGCAGGCCUAAGGUUUGAGACAGGGGACAUCCUGAAGAUAGUCAAUCAGGAUGAUGUCAACUGGUGGCAGGCCCGUCAUGUUGAGGGUGGCAGCACAGGGCUGAUCCCAAGUCAGAUGCUCGAGGAGAAAAGGAAAGCAUUCGUAAAGAGAGAUGUGGAACUGGCACCAGCAGGAAAUCUUUGUACUGGUGUUGGAGGGAAGAAGAAGAAGAAAGUGAUGUACGUGACCACCAAAAAUGCAGAGUUUGACAGACAUGAGAUAUUGCUGUAUGAGGAGGUAGCCAAGGUCCCACCUUUUAAGAGGAAAACUCUGAUCGUCAUUGGGGCCCAGGGUGUGGGGAGGCGGAGACUGAAGAACAUGCUUUUACUGAAAGAUCCACAGCUCUUUGGUACCACCAUCCCAUAUACCUCCAGAAAGCCCCAGAAAGAGGAGCGGGAAAGUCGGAUGUAUGCCUUCACCAGCCGCAGCAAAAUGGAAACUGAUAUCAAGAAUGGGCGCUACCUUGAACAUGGAGAGUAUGACGGCAGCCACUAUGGAAUCAAGAUCGACUCAAUUCAUGAGGUGGUGGAGGCAGGACGCAUCUGCAUUCUGGAUGCCAACCCUCAGUCUCUCAAAGUGCUGAGGACCUCUGAGUUCUUACCCUACGUGGUGUUCCUCCAGUCUCCAGACUUCGAUGUGCUCAAGGCAAUGAACCAGUCCGCUGUAGAUGCAGAAGUUGUAACUAAAACACUGACGGAUGAAGAGAUGCAGAGGACGUGUGACGAGACUGCUAAAAUCCAGGCAGCAUAUGGUCACUUCUUUGAUCUCAGUAUCGUUAAUGACAACCUGGAUGAGACCUACCGCACGGUCAAAGCCGCCCUGGAAACGGUGUCCAAAAACCCACAGUGGGUCCCCGUCACCUGGGUGUUCUAGAAAGAGGGGGUGGAGGACAGAGGAGGGGAGGAAUGUAAGGAGCAAGAAAGAAAGCGAAGGCACUGAAAAUAUACCACUGUAUAAAUAAUGGAUGUUGUUAUUUAGAGUUUCAUACAGUUUUGCAUAAGAAAACAUUUUUAUUAUUAAAGCAACAGCUCUGCAAGAUAAAUUACAGAAUAUUUUUUUGAAAAAGUGUAGAAUAAAGCAUCCAUACUUACACAGGAUUAUAUUUUGAGGACAAGAAGGAAGGACGAGAAGAAACGGGGGAUGCAACAAAAGAUUGAAGCUAUGAAUGUCAGAAAUUCACAGAUUUUACAUACACAUCGAUCUGUUAGUCUGUGUGUUUGUGUGUGUGUGUGUGUGUGUGUGAGUGUGUGUGCGCGUGCGCAAGCGUUGGAUUUUUUAAUGUUUGUUUGUUUUUUAAAUGAUUUGUGCCACUACUGACGAUCAUCAGCAGACUGUCAUUGUUUACAUUUCAUGAAAGUUGACAAUGCUGAUGGUCACACUUGAUCUACAAGCUAUGAUGUUCUACUUUAUCAGACAAAACAUUUAACCUAUACAUUCGAUUACUUGACUUACCUUUUCAGUAAUAACCUAAUCUAACAUCAACACAAAAGUAGAAUACAGUAAAUCCAACACACGCAGCACUUCAGUGUGAUCAGCUGACAACAGCAAGUUAACCUCACUUAUUUCAUCCUCUGUCAGUGGUUAUGAGUGUAGCUUUGCCUCUCUGGUUUUUUGUUUAAUGUAGUUACUCGUUAAACACACACUCACAGGCAAAUAGAGGUGGUCAGAAGAUGAGCAUAUUCAAUUCAUCACUAUCACACAACAUAAAGAAAGGACAAGACCAUAUUGGGGGUUAAAUUGGGAUAUGCUAUAUUGUCCAACCAUGCGUGUGUGUUCAGAAUUGAAUUAUUCAGUAAUGGUAUAUGCAACGGUUAGGGUUAGGUCUCUGGGUUUCAAUUAUCUUAAACAAUAUCCUAGCUAACUAGACAGCAGUAAAGCUACAUCUAGAUCAGUAUGUGCAAUUCCUAUUUAUUUAAACAUAGAUAAUAGUGCAAAAUUUGCUCACUACAGGUAUUUGGUACAUGUAUUUGAAACCAAUGUUUCACAGUCGUGCAAAGUGAACGUAAUGAAUUCACCAUUGUCACUCACCAAAUGAAUAUGUCCUGAUUGGAGCGCAUCACGUAUUGAUGCAAAAACAAUAGGUCAUGACUUUCAUUCAUAUUUCUGCUUCACCUAAAUGUUUUUGUUUUCCUGAGCCAUUACUCUGUCCUUGUGAUGAACCUGUUAAAGGACAAGUGUGUAGGAUUUAUGUGGAUCUAUCGUCAAAUACAAUAUUCAUAUUCAUAAUUUCAUAUAUAAUGUGUAUAAUCUGAACUAAAGAAUCAUUGUGGAUUAGUUAUUUUAGAAUGAGGCCUUUCAAUAUUCACAGGGAGAAGAUCUUCUUUGACAGAGUCAGCCAUGUUGCCCUGUAAUGUUUUUACAAUAGUCAAGAACAGACAAACCAAACGCUGGCUGUAUAGAGAGUGUUUCAUGUUCUUACACGACCUGAAGGCUGCCUUAGUUUCACCUACAUGUUUCGAAGCUAAGCGUGAGGGGGGUCAUGGGGUUGCAUUCUGCACCCUCACCACUAGAUGCCACAAAGUCCUACACUGAACCUUUAACUGCAGUGCUUUGCCACAGAUAAUAUAUUUUUUAGGGCUGCACCACAGAGGAGACAUGGUUUGCACACAAUUAUGAGAAAUGAUCCAAUGGUAUCAAAAUCACUCUCUUGAACGGUUGCAUGAAAAUUGGUUCAGAUUAGCAACCUAAGCUAAUGAGUUUGUGAUUGCAUUUGUAAGCUGGUUAGAACAAAGAGCUUAACUUUCCAAUACAGUUUAAAGUGUGUGGUUGGUUGGGAAAGGUUGAUGGAAACACAAUGUGGCAAAUGACAAAAAAAGAAUACUGUACAUGAACACAAAUCAGUCACAAGUAUAAACAAGUGUCACUCAGUAGCCCUAGAAUGGUUUAGAGAGGACCAGUACAUAGUGAGAAACCCAUACAACCCACAUACAAGCACACAUAUACACACAGUAAACAUUGCAUUUCAUAACACUUUGGCAUAUGCUAUUGUUCGUAAUUUUGCACUUUUUAUUUUGUUGUAUAAUUCAAAAUCUUUGUUGUAUUUCUUCACUCAGCUGUUCACAGUUUGUAGAUUGCAUCUAGAUGCACAAUGUUAUAAUAGAUACUGAUAUAGUAGGUAUGAGAUUCUUGCCUUGUAUUUACAGUAUGUGACACUUUUGUGAUAACUUUCUGAUUGUCAGUAAAGACAUGUGUAGUGGCCUUCGAGUGAACAGCACAACUGAAAACUUCACAAAAAUUUGGUGUGGUCUCAUUUGCUUUUCAGAUAUUGUGUGGUGCUCCUCCCUCAGGCCACAGUACAUGUAACACUGUCCAUGGUGCCAAACGCAAGAAGCUCCUUGAGCAGCUUGUUUGUACUCAGAUCUCUAAUUGUGGCAGCUAGUGCAAAUUUUUAAUGUACAUUGAUAAAUUGAUCUUUGUCAAACAGAUGUACUGACGAUUGACUGACAGUUAUUUUGCUCUCUCAGUCUACACUCAAUGCUUUUAAAAGUGGAUUCAGCCGAUUUUUGUCUGACAGCUAUAUUUGGAUCUGUGGAGUAUUUGUGUUGAGAUACACAACCUUAUUUUCUCUCUCAAGAACAUCCCAAAACCUCACUGUUUCCUUCUUUUCUAUAAAGUCUCAUGAAUGCAAUAAA